CUAAGGCUGCAGACAGAAAUAGCACAACCACUGUGAGCUGUGCGCGGCUCAUUUCAUCCAAGACUACAUUUUUAUCUUUCAUUAAUCAGUUGCUCAGAAAGAAGGAAAUGACAUCUGGUCCAUUCUUCCUCUGCAUCUUCCUCAUUGGAAAAUACUUCACGCCUGGAAGUGCACAGGAUGUCAGGUGUCCCAUUGGUUCUUUCCCCUGUGGGAACAUCACCAAGUGCUUGCCUCAGCUGCUUCACUGCAAUGGUGUCGAUGACUGUGGAAACCAAGCUGAUGAGGACAACUGUGAAGACAACAACGGAUGGCCUCUACAAUUCGACAAAUAUUUUGCUGGUGAUUACAAACUGGGCUCCACGGAUCUGAUGAAGGCAGCAGCUUCCUCCAGAUGCUUGAUUGGCUCUGUGCCCAGGCAUUGUUCUUGCCAAGAUCGAGAACUUCACUGUGAUGAAGCCAAUUUACGAGCUGUCCCGACAGUGUCUUCCAAUGUGACUCUAAUGUCGCUGCAGUGGAACUUCAUAAGAAUGCUCCCUCCCAACGGCUUCAGGAAGUACCAUGCACUCCAAAAGCUGUACCUGCAAAACAAUAAGAUUCGCUCCGUGUCCAUCUCUGCCUUCAGAGGACUGUACAGCCUCACUAAACUGUACCUCAGUCAUAACAGAAUAACCUUCCUGAAGCCAGGUGUUUUUGAAGAUCUCCGCAGGCUGGAAUGGCUGAUAAUUGAAGACAAUCACCUCAGUCAAAUCUCCCCACUCACGUUUUAUGGACUUAAUUCUCUUAUUCUCUUAGAGCUGAUGAGUAAUGUCUUCACCGGUUUGCCUGACAAACCCCUAUGUCAGCACAUGCCCCAGCUGCAAUGGCUGGACCUUGAAGGCAACCGUGUUCAUAGUUUAAGAAACUUGACUUUUAUUUCCUGCAAUAAUCUAACUGUUUUGGUAAUGAGGAAAAACAAAAUUAAUCACUUAGAUGAACAUGCGUUUACACACCUCCAGAAACUGAAUGAAUUGGAUUUAGGAAAUAAUAAGAUUGAAAGUCUUCCACCGGACAUAUUUAAGGACCUGAAGGAGCUGUCACAAUUGGAUAUUUCUUAUAACCCAAUACAGAAAAUUCAAGUAAAUCAAUUUGAUUAUCUUGCCAAACUCAAGUCUCUCCACCUAGAAGGAAUCGAAAUUUCAAAUAUCCAACAAAGAAUGUUUAGACCGCUCGUGAAUCUCUCUCACAUAUAUUUUAAGAAGUUUCAGUACUGUGGGUAUGCACCACAUGUGCGCAGCUGUAAGCCCAACACGGACGGGAUUUCAUCUCUUGAGGAUCUCUUGGCGAGCACCAUUCAGAGAGUCUUUGUCUGGGUUGUGUCUGCAGUUACCUGCUUUGGGAACAUUUUUGUUGUUUGUAUGCGACCACACAUCAGGUCGGAGAACAAGACGCUUGCCAUGUCAAUCAUUUCUCUCUGCUGUGCUGACUGCCUAAUGGGAGUGUAUUUGUUUGUGAUCGGAGUCUUUGAUCUCAAGUUUCGGGGAGAGUACAACAAGCAUGCGCAGCUGUGGAUGGAGAGCGGUCAUUGUCAGUUUACGGGGUCUUUGGCCGUUCUGUCUACAGAAGUGUCCGUCUUACUUUUAACAUUUCUGACAUUGGAAAAAUACAUCUGCAUUGUGUAUCCUUUUCGGUGUUUAAGGCCUCGAAAAUGCAGGACAAUCGCAGUUCUGGUUUUUAUUUGGAUUUUUGGGUUUGUAGUGGCUUUUGCUCCACUCAGCAAUAAGAGUUUUUUCAAAAACUACUAUGGCACCAAUGGCGUAUGCUUUCCUCUUACUUCAGAAGACAUGGGAACUACUGGAGCCCAGAUUUACUCAGUGGUGGUUUUUCUGGGUAUUAACGUGGUGGCAUUUAUCAUCAUUGUGUUCUCCUAUGGAAGCAUGUUUUACAGUGUUCAUCAAAGCACCCUAACGGCCACGGAAAUACAGACGCAAGUGAAAAGGGAGAUGAUCCUCGCCAAGCGCUUUUUCUUUAUUGUGUUUACCGAUGCAUUAUGCUGGAUUCCCAUUUUUAUACUGAAAUUUCUUUCACUGCUUCAGGUGGAAAUACCAGAUACAAUUACCUCUUGGGUGGUGAUUUUUAUUCUGCCUAUCAACAGUACUUUGAACCCGAUUAUCUAUACCUUGACCACCAGACCUUUCAAGGAAAUGAUCCAUCAGCUCUGGUACAACUACAGACAAAGACGAUCUGUUAACAGAAAAGGGACCCAGAAGGCAUAUGCUCCAUCAUUCAUCUGGGCAGAAAUGUGGCCCUUGCAGGAGAUGCCCAUUGAGUUCAUGAAGCCAGCAGCUUUCACCGACCCCUGCGAUCUGUCGCUAGUUUCUCAAUCAUCCAGACUCAAUUCUUAUUUAUAACUGGCUCUAAAAACCAUUUAUUCUCAGAGAAUACUGUGAAGUACUUUCUAAAGGGAUUUGCUGAUGUGGAGUAAAUGCCACAAAAUGUGAAAUUUAUGGCUAAGACAAGUUAGUGGCACGAGGCUGGGAAAGGUAGGGGGUGUUCAUACAAACAGAAGUAAUUAUCCUGACAAUGUAUGCAUGCAUAUUAGUACAUAUUUGCAUUAGAAAUGAAGGGAAAUCCAUUUCUAGCAUGCAUUUAUGCACACUGCAUGGAAGUACAGUGCUGGGAACACAAUGUAGAGCCUUUUUAAAUCUAU